AUGGACCAACCUAAUUUUACCUCCAAGCGCAAGCAUCCUCCGACUUCAGACUCCAGCGACCGCCCGUCAAAGCAGGUCCGCAGACCGAGCCCAGCGCCCAUGGACAAUGGCAACAAGUCGCUCGGCAAUGGUGUGACGGCCAGUGCCGCAGACACUCCCAACGGCUAUGGCUCGCCCACGCGUGAAGACGAUGCCUCGGUCAUACACGCUGCUGCCGGCGCGGAUACAGCAGAAUGGCAGGCUACAAUUGAAAAGGUGGUCAAGAACGUCGUCAGCAUCCACUUUUGCCAGACUUGCUCCUUCGACACAGACAGUGCCAUUUCAAGUGAGGCUACGGGUUUUGUGGUGGACUCGGAGCGCGGAUACAUACUCACGAACCGCCAUGUGGUGGGAGCUGGGCCAUUCUGGGGCUAUUGCAUCUUCGACAACCACGAGGAGUGCGAUGUCUACCCCGUCUACCGUGAUCCCGUCCACGACUUUGGUAUCCUUCGAUUCGACACCAAGGCGAUCAAAUACAUGCAGCUGGACUCGUUAGAGCUGAAACCGGAGUGUGCAAAGGUCGGCGCGGAGAUCCGAGUGGUCGGUAACGAUGCAGGAGAGAAGCUGAGCAUCCUGUCCGGUGUCAUCUCGAGAUUGGACCGAAACGCUCCAGAGUACGGCGAGGGAUACAGCGAUUUCAACACAAACUACAUCCAGGCUGCGGCAGCUGCGUCAGGAGGAUCAUCAGGCUCCCCGGUCGUUAACAUCGACGGAUAUGCUGUUGCACUGCAGGCGGGCGGCAGAGCAGACGGAGCGGCAACGGACUACUUUCUCCCGCUUGACCGACCAUUGCGAGCUCUUCAACAUAUAAGAGACGGAAAGCACGUGGACAGAGGCACGAUACAGACCCAGUGGAUACUCAAGGCUUUCGACGAAUGCCGAAGAUUAGGCCUGACGUCGAAUUGGGAGAGCGAGGUACGGAAACAGUUCCCGAAAGAGACGGGUAUGCUUGUGGCGGAGGUUGUGUUGCCAAAAGGGCCUGGAGAUCAAAAGCUCGAGGAGGGAGACGUGCUGCUCAAAGUCAACGACGAGCUGCUCACCCAGUUCGUGCGCUUGGACGACAUCCUGGACAGCAAUGUUGGCGGUAAGGUCAAACUGCUGAUUCAGCGUGGCGGGAACGAUAUCGAAGUAGAGCUGGACGUUGGCGACUUGCACGAGAUCACGCCUGAUCGAUUUGUCUCAGUGGCAGGCGCCGCGUUCCACAACCUCUCUUACCAACAGGCUCGCCUUUACGCCAUUGCACUGAAAGAUGCAGGCGUCUACUGCUGCGAGGCCUCGGGUUCAUUCCGCUUUGAGGGCUCCGAAUACGGCUGGCUCAUCCAAUCCAUUGACCACAAACCUACACCUGAUCUGGAUACUUUCGUCGAAGUCAUGAAGGCCAUCGCAGAUCGGAGUCGCGUAGUCGUCACAUACAAGCACCUUCGCGACAUGCACACACUAAAUACAAGCAUCAUGCUUGUCGAUAGGCAUUGGUCGAAGAGUAUGCGACUUGCAGUACGGAACGACAAGACUGGACUCUGGGACUUCACAGAUCUCGCGGAGCCCAUAGCACCAAAAGAACCGGGGCCUCGGAAAGCAAACUUCAUCAAGAUGGAGGGAGCGCAACAUCCUGGUGCGGUCGAGAUCAUCAAGUCAUUUGUGAGGGUCAGCACAAUGCUGCCCAUGAAGCUUGACGGCUUCCCAAAGGCUCGCAAGAUUGGGUUUGGGCUGGUCAUCGACGCCGAGAAAGGACUGGUGGUAGUUUCGCGUGCGAUCGUCCCAUACGACAUGUGCGACAUCUCCGUGACCAUUGCCGACUCCAUCAUCGUGGAUGGCAAGGUAGUCUUCCUGCAUCCUCUGCAGAAUUAUGCGAUCAUCCAAUACGACCCAAGGUUGGUACAGGCACCCGUUCAGAGUGCCAAGUUGGCUACCAAACCCAUCAAGCAGGGAGAAAACACCAUAUUUUUCGGGUUCAACCAGAAUUUGCGGCCGGUAGUGGCAAAGACGGCCGUGACAGACAUCACCACUGUGGCUAUUCCUGCUAGUGCCGCGACACCACGCUAUCGUGCUGUGAAUCUGGAUGCCAUCACUGUCGACACGUCGCUUAGCGGGCAAUGUGGCAGCGGUGUGCUCAUCUCAGAAGACGGCACAGUCCAGGCUCUGUGGCUGACAUACCUUGGUGAGCGGACUGGCCACAGUGGUAAGGACAUUGAGUAUCACCUCGGCUUCGCCACACCCGCUCUUCUCCCGGUCAUCGACGAGAUCAAGAGCGGCAGGAAGCCCGACCUCCGCAUUCUCAACAUGGAGACGCAGACGGUGCAGAUGAGCCAAUGCCGCAUCAUGGGGGUGAGUGAAGAGUGGAUUGAACGGGUCGAGCGUGACGAUCCAGAACGACACCAACUCUUUAUGGUCCGCAAAGUCGAUGCUGGUAGCGGUAAUGGACUGCAUGAAGGAGACAUUCUCCUCACGCUGAAUGACCGCCUCAUCACCCGCGUCAGCGAUCUGGAUAUCAUGUACAACAAUGAAACCCUCAAAGCUGUCGUUGUCCGGAAACGAGAACAGCUUGAGCUCGAAGUACCCACCGUGCCAACAGAAGAGCUGGAAACAGACCACAUCAUUGUCUUCUGCGGAGCCGUCUUACAUCGCCCUCACCACGCAGUACGCCAGCAGAUCAGCAAAGUGCACUCCGACAUAUACGUGUCAGCACGCUUCCGCGGCUCUCCGUCAUACGCCUACGGCCUCGCUCCUACCAACUUCAUCAUGGCAGUCAACAGGACACCCACCCCUGACCUCCAAUCCUUCCUGACGGAAGUCAACAAGAUCCCCAACAACACCUACUUCCGCCUCAAAGUCAUGACCUUUGACAACGUGCCUUGGGUUGCGACGAUGAAGAAGAACGAACAUUACUUCCCGACCAUUGAAUUUGUCAAAGACGACACUCAGCGGGAAGGAUGGAAGCGAAUUCUCUUCGAGGGGGGGAAGAAGAUUGUCGGGGAAGGAGAGAUGAUUCCGGAGAUUUUGGAUGAGGGCUUCGGAGGUGGAGGCGCCAUGGAAGAUGGAGACGGCGCUAUUGAUGGCAGCGCGAAUCUGGAUGACGCCCGGUUGUGA